AUUAGAAUGCUCUUUGAAAACGGAGCCAACAUCAAAUCCAGAGACAAGUAUGGUCAAGCUCCAUUAUUACACGCAAUGCACAACAGACGAGAAGGUACCACCGACAUGUUAUUGAAAUAUGGUGCAGGUCCCCAGUUAAAGGAUGACAACGGCCCGAAUCUAUUGUCACGCGCUGCUGAAUAUGGCCGUAUAGCAAUUUUCCACAGGCUGUUGAACUUGCUUCGCAGAAGGGCAGAUGCAAACCUUCCAGACAGCCAUGGACGCACGCCUUUCAUGUGGGCUGCAUUGGAGGGGCAUGAAGAAGUGACAAGAUUGCUUCUUUCUGGAGUUAACUAA